AUGAACAGAAUAAAAUCGCUGCGUGCCUUGUUCACAUUUAAUGUUGCCUUAAUACUGAUCACAACGAUAAUGAUGAUUGUCCUGAAUAAUAUAAAUUGCUCAUCAGUGAGUGAAUUAACAACUCUCGUUGUCCCGUUCAGUAUCAAAAUAGAAGAAAAGGAUGACAAACUCAGAAUUGGCUUGAACACCAACUUUUAUGAUUGUCUCGUCGAUGAAGACUUUGAUAUUGAACCAGAUUGUGACAUUUUGACUGGCAAUGUAAUUUUCGUUUAUGAAAGCCCAGGUGAGAGAUCAAUCUUUUUGAGAAAUGUCUUUGCUGCUGGAAUGUUGGUUCUUAUUGUGGCUUGUUGUUGUUGUGUGGCAGUUUGUGUGUUUGGAUGUUAUUGUUGUUUCAUUAGGAGAAGAAAGUUGUUGCAAGGAAGUAUUAGAUGA